AUGUCCAAAACCGUCGUCGUCCUCGGCGGCUCAUUAGGCGGCCUUGCCGUCACUCACCGUCUGCUCAAGUACACGCUUCCUCACGAGCCGGAUCUCAAAAACUCCCAUUUCUACUGGAACAUUGCGUCCAUCCGCGCCGUCAUCCCCGGCGUCCUCAAAGAUGAGCAGAUCCUGCAGCCCAUCGAGCCCGGACUCGCGCAAUACCCCUCCAACAGCGUAGAAUUCGUCCUCGGCGAAGCUACAAGCCUGGACACGGCCUCCAAAACAGUCCACCUCUCGACGGCCGGCGACACCCGCGCCAUUGCAUACGACUACCUCGUCAUCGCGACAGGAUCGACCAGCAAGUCGCCCUCGAUGCCGUGGAAAGCCUCGUCCACCCACAAGGCGUGCGUCGAGGCCCUGCACACAGCGGCAGACGGUAUCCGGAGGGCGCCGCACAUCGUGGUAGCCGGGGCGGGCGCGACGGGCGUAGAGCUCGCGGGCGAGAUACGCUUCGAGUAUCGGGACAAGACGGUGGUGCUGCUGUCGUCGGGCGAGCAGCUCCUCGGCGGGGACGGCAUCGCGUCCGCGGCGGAGAGGGAGCUGGUGAAGCUGGGCGUCACGAUCCGCAGAGGCGUGCGGGUGGCCGGCACCGAGGAGAAGGAGGGAGGCAGGACCGUCGUGAGGCUAGAGGGGGGUGAGGAGCUGGAGACGGACCUGUAUCUCCCGACGAUGGGGUUCGUGCCCAACACGGCGUACCUGCCGGGCGGCUUCUUGAACGACAGCGGCUACGUGCAUGUCGAUGAGAACAUGGGCGUUGCGGCCCAGGACGCCGGGGGCACGGUGUGGGCGGUUGGGGAUGCGGUUUCGAAGCCGAGGGCUGGGUUUCUCAUCACGGAGGCACAGGCAGCGGGCGUGGCCAAGAAUAUCGACCUGGUGCUACGAGGUAGAGACCAGCAAGCUGUCCAUGGCCCGUCGGUAGACAUAUUUAUUUGUUCGACGGGCCGCUCCAGGGCCGCGGGACGGUUUGGCUUCGUCCCCAUGCCGUCCCUGGCGGCGUGGCUCGGCAAGGGCCGCACGCUGGGGGUAGAGCGGACGAAGAAGUACGUCGAUGGGAGUAUGUGGUGA